UUUCUCUUCAGCUCGAUAUGAUCUCCAGCAACCUUAUCUUCAACUAUGACCACCAAAUCUGAGGAAGAGCGGGCGGUGCAGCUGGCACAGAAGGCGCGUGAAAGCACGAAAGCGGGCGAAUUGGCUAGUGCAGCGAGGUACCUGCGAGAAGCUAGUACCAUCGCCCCAGACCAUCCGCAAAUCAAAGACGCAUGGGAACAGUUGCGGCAAGAAGAAGAGAAGAGCGAGCUGUUGUCGAUUUGCAAGGUCUGGGUCAGGAGCAAAGACGAACACGAUGGCGAAAAGGCGCUUCAAACGAUGAAGUCGCAUGGCUUGAAGCGGAAAGAGGCUGAACAGGCAAUGGAAGUACUAUUCGACUUCAAAGGCGAAGACGACAUCCUGGAUCAAGUAACUGGUGAACUGCUGCAGAAUCCCGGUGCGCAAGCCUGGCUUGCGAACGCGGUACAGGAACAGCCGACACGCAUCUACUAUGAGCUGUUUGAGCGAGGAGAUGAUUCGAUCGAUGGACUACUCAAGGUACUGCUUAAUAGAGCCGUUUGGCCAGACGACGAAGCGUUCAAGACUGGACACAGAGACAUUUUCAUGCUCAGUCUUGCCAUGAUGAUGGAGGAAGCGCUUGAACACCCGGAGCGAGCGAUGAAAGGCAUUGCGCAGCUGCUAGCUCAUUACGCCGAGCAUCUCAAGGGCAUCAUCGAUGCAGAUAGCUUCGAUGUCAUUCUCACAUCGCUUGAUAUUCGACUGCCAGCUAGCUUGCGCAGUCAGGCGACGCUCGCGAGUAUCAAGCUGUUCGAACUUGCGCCGGACACUGCCGGGGAGUUGAUAUCGAAGUUUGUUACGUACCGGGCGAGGAAGGGCGAGGCGAAUAAUCUGGUCAUUGCGUUCUCGGCGGCGACGGCAAUCUUCCCAGUUGCUGUUACGGCUGCAGCUACGCUGUUCCUUACGGAGGGGUUUGUCAGCUCACUUGUGCCUAUGGUGGAGAGCAAGAAAUCGCACAAGCUUGAGCAAGCGACGUUAGAGCUUGUCAGCGCUGCGUGUGUAGACAAGAAUUGCCGAGAUGCGAUCAAUCGAAAUUGCAGAGAGUGGCUGGAGAGUUUGGUCGCGGAGAGUCAGGAUCAGAAGCGUGCAAACCUUGCUGCACUCGUUCUCGUCAAGAUAGGCGAAGAGCAAGCUCCUAAAGAUGGCCCACAGAUUGUCACACCUGGAAAGGUCGACCAGAGCGACUUGAUCGCAAGCUUCAAAUCCAUGGUCAUAGGAGGUGACGCCUCGUCCAAACAGGACUCCGUCGAAGGUCUCGCGUAUGCUUCUCUUCAAGCUAAGGUCCGGGAGGAUCUAUCAAAGUCUCCAAAGUUCCUUAAACGCCUUAUCAAGACAAUGAGCGACACUUCAACCCCAGCAAACAUUCUCUUCGGUGGCCUUACUAUAUUUGUCAACAUCACAAAUUACCUACCUAUCCAGUCUGAGGAAGAGAAACGCAUGGCCCAGCUAAAGGCAUAUGCCAACGUCCAAAAGCCAUCAGCGCCCGAUGAGCUCUUGAGCGAAGAACAUGCGAGCAUACGUUGUAAACGCAUGCUCGAUGCAGGAGUCGUACCACUACUCGUGCAGAUCUGCAAGAGAGGCACGCCCUCAAUUCUUACACAGAGCUCUCAAAUACUACUAAGUCUGAGCAAGGAGUCCAAGAAUCGAGGAACAAUGGCACAGCAAGGUGCCGUAAAACUUCUCGUACAAGUUUGGGACCAUAUAUCCUCGACAAACUCGUCUUCGACAACGGGUACAACGCCUUUCCCACCCGCUGCGCUUCCCACAGCUGCGCAAGCGCUGUCUCGCCUCCUCAUCAGUAUAAACCCUACGCAUGUCUUCAACGCCUCCUUGCCAAGUACAUCGGCGAUCCGACCGCUCAUCAGCCAGCUGGCACGCACCGAGUCCUCAACAUGGCAGCUCAACGCCUUCGAAGCGCUGCUCGCCCUCACGAAUUUAGCUUCCCUUGACCGCGCAACACAAGACCACAUUAUACGGCAGUCGUUCGAUCAAGUCAUUGACGACCUACUCCUCAGUCAAAACUCCAUGAUACGGCGCGCAGCAACAGAACUGCUAUGCAAUCUCAUGGCCUCACCCGUCUGCAUUCAGCACUUUGCAGAUAGCAGCACACCACGCUCAAAGCACAGACUGCACCUCCUCCUUGCCAUGACCGACGUAGACGAUGCGCCGACACGAUCGGCCGCUGGGGGUGCACUAGCCAUGUUACUCUCCGUCGACCUCGCUGUUCACGAGCUGCUCAAGCAGGAGAAAGGUAUAGAAUUCUUGCUGGGCUUGUGCCAAGAUGAAGACGAUGAUAUCAGGCAUAGAGGCGUAGUGUGCCUGAGGAGCGUGGUAGAUGUUGAAGAAGGCGCAGAGGCGUGUAAGCGGAAGGGAGUGAUUGAGACGCUAAGGGUGGUGUUGAAGGAGACUCAUAGCCCGGAAGUGUUGGGCGUUGGAGUCGAGACGUUGAAGAUUCUGCUGGGUCAGUAGGGCAGGUUCGGUGUGAAAUAUUGUACAGGCGGGUUUUUUU